CUGCUUGUGAAAACGAUUUGCUGCGUUUAUUUGGGAUUAAGAGGGGAAACAUACUGUUAAUUGAUAACUGGAAGACACAGCUUAUUUCAAGUUUGCCUGGCAAAUACCAAGGCAACGCGGGCUCAUUAGUUCAGACAUGCUUUGAUUAAUUAACAAUUAUUUCUAGAUGCUCGUUAAGCAGAAUGCUUCUCAGUUUGUCGGAGAGUGGGACUGUGCUAGUGAUCUGAAUGGCGAUGAUUGUCAUUACAGGCACGGGGUGCUCUGAAAGCACCCACUCCCCACGUACUACCCAACAGCCGCGAUUUAAACUGCUGUAACAACAAACCCCUGAGGACAUCAAGAGAGACGCUGCAUUGUAUUAUCACAGGCUGAGUGCUUGCAGUACAGCCCGGUUGCUCAUGACAUCAUAUAUCAAAACACAGCGAACAAAUCGCACUCCACUAUCAGUCUGUCUCUGCAGAUUUCGGCUGGUUAGAGCCGGAAGCUUUCCGCUAUUCAGAAGCGUGUGCAUGCAGAGGGGAAAGCAGCAAUGAAGCUUUUCUGUGCCGGUUACUUUUUGCUCCUCUUCCCUGCCGUUGCUCUCAGUAGGAGACAGAGUUAUGAGGAACUGGAAAGAAAGCUGAAGCAGAUUUCCUCAGAGAAAAGUAGCCUCCUUCAGCAACUCUCAAAGUCAGCCACAGAAUUGCAAGGAAUGAAAGGAAACCUUCAGAUCUUGAAAACUCAUGAGGCUGUUGCUAAAAAUGACGUGCAGAAACUCUUGGAGAUCAACCAGAAGCAAACAGAUGAAAUGAAAUCUCUUCAGGAAACCCUUCAAAAACAGAUCAAUGAGGCUGCAGUGAAAGCAGAAAAGCAGCAGGCUGGGAUUAACUUCCUAAAGGCUGAAGUGGAAAGGAAGAGCAAACUGAUAAGAGAUUUACAGCAAGAGAAUAAAAGUCUGAAAAACAAACUUCUGUCUGGAAGCAAGCAGUGUGGCAUACAUGCAGAGCAGUCCAAAAGAAUCCAGUCACAGCUUAAGGAGCUACACUAUGGGAAGAAAGAUUUGAUUUUUAAGGCACAGCAGCUGACUGAUCUGGAACGCAAACUAUUAGCAGCUAAACAGGAAUUGGAAAAGACAGAAGGUGAUAAGGAAUCCCAAAUGAAGGCUUUGAAGGAGGUGGCACAGCUCUGUGUAUCUGGAGUUCUAAAGAACCAGCCUCCGUUUAUUGGCAUGAAUCCUCCCAGAACUACAGAGAAUGGAAUGCUAUCAACUAAAAACAGCUCCCGAGCUCCACUUCACCAGACCAACAGAAAGAUCCUGGAUAUCUCCCAGAUUGAAAAUACCAGCUCACCAAGAAAAGGGACGUUUCCCAACGUGGCCACAAAGAGCAGUGAUCAGGGUUUAAUGGAUUGCAGCUCUCACAACGCCAGCAACAAUUGUUCUACAAGUCAAGACGAUAAUCCUCCACCUAAGUAGGAAUUCAACUGAUGCAAGUUCAUCUCUGCAGGGGAAUACGUACAAAUCUUCAAGGUUGAGAAGCAGAUCACAAAAACCAGAACAAAAUGAAAAAAAAAUUGGAAACUGUGGUUACUAGUCAUGAAAAUGCAAAAUUGUCUGUUGUGGAAGUGCAACAUAUAAGACAGUAAAACAGUUUUGCAUUUAAAAUGAUUCCCUUGGCAAUCACUUCAGCAAUUUUUGUUCGACGACAGUACAAUUUAAUCUUUUUUAGAUAAACAGAAUAAAACUAAGGUGAUUAGAAGUGCAUAGGAGGCUAAUUAGAGCUUGUUUUUCAUUAUAAUUAAUGGCAAUAGUGGAAGAAAGCUGCAAUGAACCAUUUUUCUUAAGAGACUGGCUCGCACUAAUAUCAUCGACUUGACAAUGAAGUACGUAGUGUGUGUUGUAUGCUGAUGCUGUUGUGAUUUUUGUGAUCUCUAGUUCACUGGGAAUAGUGGAAAAGCUGAUUAAUCACUGAAGUCAAUAAGCAGGAAUCUUGCUAUAGUUUGAUAACAAGUUUAAAAUUAGGAGCAGAAGUUCAACCAUGAAACAUUAAGUCAUUAGUAAGAGAGUACAUGAUCAUUCAAGGAGCUGAUUGGAAUCAUUAAAAAAACGCCUCCUCCUAAUUAACUGUUCACCAAAAAGAUACUUCUGCUACCAAAGUGAUCUUUCCCAAGCAGAUUUUUUACUUGAAGAAGAGCAAUAAUAU